ACUCUGGAAAACCGAGUCGUCGGCUCGUCGUCGCCCCCACCCGGAAAGGAGGAGAGAAAGUACUGUGAGACAAGAAAGCAUACGAUUCCAAAUCUUUGCCAAUUUCUAUCCAAACACACAAUUCCCAUCAAAUCUCUCUACAAAAGGGAAAGAAUCCAUUCUUCUUUUUCCCCCACCUGCAGCCCCCGAUCAGUCUCUUUCUCUCUCUACCCUCCUCCGCACGCGACUUUUGGACGAUUGCAGGUAGGUGCUUUGCAAUCACACUGUAUUAAUUCAAAGGAAAAUCUCUGUACUGGGUUGCAGCAUCUACUGCAUGGCCUUCCUAGCUGAUGUGGCAUAAAUGGAAGGAAAAGUUCUUCAAGAAAUAUUCCAAGUUUUUGUUGGGGAUUGAUGCAGCAUUCUUCAAUGGUAGACUGGAGAGGCCGCCACCGCCCAGUCAUAGUCUAUAGGCCUAUACGACCCUCUGACUUAGAGGUGCUUGAGAAAAUCCAUACUUAUCUAUUCCCAAUCAGGUACGAGCCUGAGUUCUUCAGUAAUGUUGUUAAUGGCCGUGAUAUUGUGUCUUGGGGAGUUGUGGACCGGAGUCGACGUGAUGGUCGAAAUGAUGAACUCAUUGGAUUUGUUACUGCGCGAAUUGUUCCAGCAAAAGAUAGCGAGAUAGAAGAUUUGCUCAGAUUUGACACGGCAAAGUCAGACCAAAAGCUAGUGUACAUUCUGACACUGGGAGUGGUAGACUCCUAUAGAAAUCUCGGCAUAGCUUCUUCACUUAUUCAAGAGGUUAUCAAAUAUGCAUCAACUAUUCCAACGUGCCGAGCAGUUUACCUCCACGUGAUCUCAUAUAAUAACCCUGCCAUCUAUUUAUACCAGAAAAUGAACUUUCAGUGCGUGCGAAGGUUGCAUGGUUUUUAUUUCAUUAAUGGCCAGCAUUAUGAUUCCUUCUUGUUCAUCUACUACAUCAAUGGAGGUCGGUCUCCCUGCUCACCAUUAGAGCUUGCAACAGCAAUGGCAACUUAUGUGAGGAGUGGGUUGAAGCUGGUGGCUGCUAAGCUGUGGAAAAAUGAAGGUAAGAAGGCCUCUUCUAGAUGCGGUAGUAGUAACGAAACUUCUCUUGUAACAGCAACGCAAAGCAAGAGAAGCCUCACGGUGGAGGGUUCUGGGUAUCAGUGUGUGUAAUCAUAGGUUUUGUUUUUUUUGGUUUUGUUUUUGGAUAUGAUCCAUCUUUUUCUCUCCAUUUUUCAAUUCUCUCGUGUCACCCCAUAACUUCUCUUGUAUAUGUACAAGCGAAUAAUAAAACAUGUCAUUGUAACUCUUUGAAUGUUCUAUCUCGCGCUCUAUCUUAUGGUGUUCUUAAUGUGCCUUUUCAGGAUUGUAAAUUUCAGGAUACAUAGGUGGACCACUGUAUGAAGUGUACUGAUAAUGCUUUUCUUUUGGUUGGAAUUCUCGAGUGCUUUGAAAUAACAUGAAUGCUCUUCAAGAUGAAUGUGCAGCAGUCUCCUUUUGUUGUUCUUAUUUGUAUGGUGGCGAGUUGGUCUGGUCAAUAAGACUCUGUUUGUUUCGAUGUAAAGCUUUUCAUUAAUCAGAUUGGUGAUGGCGCCAAGUGUGAUCAUGACGAUUGUUUGUUAGUAAAAUAAUGGCGGUUUGGCCAUAACCCUAA